UGGUAGAUUCCACCACGCCGUCGGCCGGUUGUGACGGAAGAGGGGCUGGGCAUGGAGACGGAGGAGGGGCUCGACCUGAGCCUAUCGCUGCGCCAGUACACGCCGCCGUGGUCGCAGCUGGUGUUCGCCUGCUGCUACUGCUCGCGCACCUUCAGGAGCUGGCAGGCGCUCGGCGGCCAUCAGAACGCGCACAGGCCGGCCAGGCCCAGGCGGGCCACGGAGCUCUCUUCAACGGCGGCGGCGGCGGCAGAGCUUGGUAAGGCCGCCGUCGACGGCCACUGCAGCGCUCCGCCGCGCCCCCGGCGCCCACGCGUGGCGAGCAGGGCAUCGCCAGCAGGCGUCGUCCGGGACAAGAGGCGACCAAGAGCUUGCGGAUGAGGCGAUUGACCUGUCCCUCAAGCUAUGAUCUAUCCAACCCAUCCAUGCAGCAGGUGCAGGCACUAAGGACAUGCUGCAGUACUUCGUUCCUCUCUUCCAAUAGUUUCAUUUCUUGCGCCGUUGUGUUUCUGCUAUGGCUUACCAGGUUAAAUAAUUAUGUUGUG